AUGCGACUGCGAUUCAACCUCGCACCGCGAUCACUCAUCCAACUCAUCACUACCAUCCUCCUCGCACCCUCACCGCUCGUCCACGCAAACCCAAGACCUGCCAAGGAACUACUAGCCGGCUUCUCCUUCGACGAGCUCUUCGCCCGCUAUGACUGUGGCGGACAGUUGUGCGGCUACUCCAGCCAACUCUGCUGCUCGGCAGGCAGUACAUGCUACACGGACGUCAACAACCAGGCACAAUGUUCCGCCGGCGGCGCAACAACCGCGGUGGGAGCGGGAGUGGGAGGGUACUGGCAAGUCUACACCACGGUAUACGUCGAGACUGACUUGGUUACAACGACAAGAACAAUGAGCUCCUUCGUCGGCCAAACGACCAUCGUCGCCGCGACUACCACUGCGGCAGCCUGCAACUACGCCCUCAACCAGUUCGCCUGCGGCAACGUUUGCUGCGGCAGUAACCAAUACUGCUACGCAGCCAACACCUGCUCCCUAGCCGCAAACGGCGGCAGCUCAGGCUACUACAGCACCUACACCACCCCACCCUCAACCGCACCCGGCACAACGGGCACAGCCAUCGCCCCUCUCCGCGGCACCUCGUCCUCCCUCGUCCUCGUCACUACCACCGCCAGCCCAACCACCACCGUCCCUUUCGUCGCUCCCGUCGCGACCGGCGCAAACGUCACCCUCACCUCCUCCGAGCAAUCCGGCGGCGGCGGCCUCUCCGGCGGCGCAAUAGCCGGUAUCGUCAUCGGCGUGCUGGCCGGGCUGUUCCUGCUAGGUCUGCUAUGCUUCUACUGCUGCGUCAAGGGCCUCGUAGACGGUUGUCUCGCGCUGUUCGGGUACGGCGGGAACCGACGUCGGCGACGCACGACCGAGGUCGAAGAGUACGAGCGUCGCUCACAUCGCGAGUCCGGGGGUCAGAGGCGGACGUGGUAUGGCGUUGCGCGGCCGGCACGGGUGUCGCGGUAUGAGGAGCGUGAUCGGCGGAACGAGAGUGGUGGGUUAGGCUGGGUGGGUAUCUUGGGAGGGUUGGGAGCGUUGUGGGCCCUUUUGGGAAUGAAGAGGCAGCGGGAUGAGAAGAGGAGGCGGCAGAAUGAGAAGUAUUCGGAGAGUUACUACUCGAGUGAUUAUUAUACUAGUGAAGGUGAGUCGAGGCGGUAGAGAUACGUUGUGGUUAAGGAUAUGUUACUGACCUGUGAUUUUAGAAAGCGCAAGCACGGUGGACGACCGGAGAAGACCUGGAAACGCGCGUGGAUCGCGGCGAUGAC